AUGCAGGAAAAGGAAAUGAAUGUGACAGCAAAUCCCUUGGAAGUAUUGGGUGAGGCUGAAGAUAAGCAACGUGACGAACGUGGUAUUUUCGAUUAUUUUAAAAAGCCUUCAGCUAAUGAACCCCAGCCGCAGGCAGCUGCACUAACCCAAACAAAAACUGGUUAUGGCUUUAAGACCGCUGCCAAGGUUAACUACGGAGGUACUGGCUAUGGUUCAUCUGGGGGUUAUGGCUCUUCAGGAGGCUCACCAGGUGGAUAUGGUUCUUCUAGUUAUAGUUAUGGUGGCUAUGGCUCACCUACUGGUUAUGGAUCCUCAGGAGGAGGUUAUGGCUCAUCUGGAGGUGGUUAUGGUUCUCAUGGGAGCUAUGUUUCUUCCUCUAGUUAUGGUGGUAGUCCUCAAGGAAGUUAUGGUUAUAAAACUAGUUCGAAUCGUGGUCAUAAUCAUGGAAGAGGUCAUCGUGGUCAAACGGUUUUACAUCAAGGCCAAACAACCGCCCAAAAAACCAUAGAUUUCCUCAACAAUGCCCGCAAACAAUUACCCUCCUUUGGCAAAUGCCCCUCAUAUCUCUUGCCACCCAAUGUUAUCUACUCCUGUCAAAACAAUCAAUGUGAGGUCAGUUGUCCCCCUAUGUAUACUUUCCCUGAUGGCAAAACUUCUCUCAAAUUGGUUUGUAUGGAAAGAAAUUGGAUUGUACGCGAUUCGGUGUAUUUGGAAGUGCCACCUUGUCAACCUACUUGUAAUCCACCUUGUCAAAAUAAUGGCAUUUGUAUAGAGUCGGGUUUGUGUAAGUGUUCGGAAAAUUUCUCAGGACCCUUGUGUCAAUACAAGAAAAUGGUAUGUGCCUCCAAAGUGCCCAUACCCAAGAACUCCAAGAUUACGUGUAUAAAUAAUGUUUGUAAUGCUGAGUGUAUGCGCGGUUUCCGUUUCCCUGACAGCAGCACCAUUACCAAUAUAGAGUGUCAAAAUGGUCAAUGGAUUCACACUAAAUCGGGCAUGGCUAAGCCACCAGAUUGUCAACCCAUUUGCGAUCCUCCUUGUGAGAAUGGCGGUCAAUGUAUUUCCUUUAAUGUCUGCCAAUGUUCCAAAAACUAUCGUGGUGAUCAUUGUCAAUUUAGUGUUGCUUCCUGUAAUGUCACCAAAACCAAUUUCAAUGGUAAUUACAAAUGUGCUUACGAUAGUGAAAUGGCCAAGUGUACCUUUAGUUGUGCUGAUGUUCCCGGUCUUAAGGUAGAUGGCCGUUUGGAUAUUGAUUAUAAAUGUAAAUAUAGUGAAGGAGAAUUUUUCCCUGCGCCUCUGCCUAAGUGUAUUUAUCCUGCUGGUUAUACCAUACGCCAAGGCUCCAAAUCUGCCCAUUAUACCCAGACUCAAGAACAAAUUGCUAUCAGUGGUGGUGGUACUUAUGGUUAUACAUAUAUGACUGAUCAUGAGAGGAUUAUGGCAAUUUUGGCAAAAUUCAAGGAAUAUGAUGUUAGAAGUGAAAUGUGGUCCUCCGAAGAGGUUAUUAUAUCUCCCAGCUCUUAUUCAUUGUACAUGACCGGUAAUCUGGAUGUUAUAAUAGAUCAAACACCCAAACCUUCCUUCUGUACAACCUGGGGUGGCAACAACAUGAAAACCUUUGAUGGUUUGGUAUUCAAAGCUCCUCUAUCCUGCUCUCAUACUUUAAUCAAUGACAAACAAGAUGCCACUUUUGAUGUCACCUUAAAGGCUUGUCCCUAUGGCUCUGGUUAUGGCUGUUCUCACAGUUUAAAAGUUUACUGGCAAUCAGUUUUGUAUACUUUUGAAAAUCAAAAUGGUACUAUCCGUCUUUAUACUCCCACCAAAAAUUUACCCAUACCCGUGCAAGUUAUGGGCAUGAAAGUGGCUCCUGUGGCCCAACAUUUGCAAAUUGAUUUGGAAUCCAUAGGUUUACAAAUCGAUUGGGAUCGUUAUCAAUAUAUAGGUGUUCAUGCUGGUGCUGGUCUGUGGAAUCGUGUGGGUGGUUUGUGUGGAUCCUUAGAUGGUGACUAUAAGAAUGAUUUGAUGACCAAGACUGGCAUUAAAGUGGAAACUGUUAAGUCAUUUAUCGAUUCCUGGCGUGUGGAGGAUUCUUCGGAUUUGUGUAUUAUGGAAAAUAGUGCUGAAUUAGAAUUUGACUCUAAAUCCUGUGAUCCUGAGAAACGCAAAAAGGCUCUUAAUGUCUGUGAACGUUUGUUGGCCAAUGAGAAAUUGGAAGAUUGUAUUAAAUCGUUUAAUUUCGAGGCAUUGCUUAAGACCUGUGUGGAUGAUUAUUGUAAUUGUAAUAAUCAAGAACAUCCAGAGACCUGUAAUUGUGACGCCUUGUCCAUGUUGUCAAAGGAGUGUAUGUUCAGAGGUAUUAAGUUGGAGCAUGGCUGGAGAAAUUUGGAAAUUUGCCCCAUUAGCUGUAGUUAUGGUCGUGUCUAUUUGCCCUGUGGUCCCGAUGUAGAACCCACUUGUGAGUCGGCUGUGUUGCCCACGAAAGGAAAAUGCAAUGAAGGUUGUUUCUGUCCCGAGGGUACUGUACAAUAUAAAGAAGCUUGUAUCAAUCCCGAACUUUGUCCCUGUACCAUGGGAGGCAAGGAAUUCAAGCCCGAAGUUACCAUUAAGAAAAAGUGCAAUACUUGUACUUGCAAGAACGGCCAGUGGAAGUGUACCGAUGAAAAGUGUAGUGCCCGUUGUGGUGCCAUAGGUGAUCCUCAUUAUGAAACCUUUGAUGGCAAGCGUUAUGAUUUUAUGGGCAAAUGUUCGUAUUAUUUGCUAAAAACUCCCCAGUUAUCAGUGGAAGCUGAAAAUGUAGCCUGUUCGGGACAAAUUUCGGAAAAUCUUAAAUUCGCUGCUGCCGAAGAUCCUUCCUGCACUAAAUCGGUUACCAUCGACUUUGUGCAAAAGAAUGGAGUUCCAACUAACAUUAAAUUGGAGCAAGGUUUAAUGACCCAUGUCAAUGGCAAAGAAGUUUUGAAAUUCCCUAAAAUGUUGGGUUCCGGAGAGGCUUUAAUACGUCAUGCCAGUUCUUCCUUUAUUACAGUAGAAUUCCCCGAUGGCAUUAAGGUUUGGUGGGAUGGUGUUUCUCGUGUUUAUAUAGAUGCUCCUCCCAGUUAUCGUGGCAAGACUGCUGGUCUCUGUGGUACUUUUAACUCGAAUACCCAAGAUGAUUUCUUAACACCUGAAGGUGAUAUUGAGACAGCUGUAGAACCUUUUGCCGACAAAUGGCGUACUAAGGAUACUUGUGAUUACUUGGCUCAGACCCCUAUUACUCCUCAUCCUUGCACAGCUCAUCCCGAGAGAAAAGCGGAGGCUGAGAAAUAUUGUAACUGGAUUACUGAAGAUAUAUUCCAGGAUUGUCACUGGACCGUGGAACCAGAGCAGUAUUAUGAAGAUUGUUUGUAUGAUGUUUGUGCUUGUGAGGGUGAAUUAUCUAAAUGUUUCUGUCCGAUUUUGUCUGCCUACGGAGCGGAAUGUAUGCGGCAGGGUAUUAAGACCGGCUGGAGAAUGGCAGUUAAGGAAUGCGCUGUGAAAUGUCCCAUUGGUCAAGUGUACGAUGAAUGCGGUGACAGCUGUGCCCACUCUUGUGAGGAUUUGGAGAAUCGUAAAAUGUGCAAAAAAGAAUGUGUUGAAGGUUGCCGUUGCCCUAGCGGCCAAUACUUAAACGAACACAAUGAGUGUGUGCCGCAAAGCAAGUGUCAUUGCACUUACGAUGGUAUCACCUUCAAACCUGGCUACAAAGAAGUGCGUCCCGGUUCUAAAUAUUUAGAUUUAUGCACUUGCACCAAUGGAGUAUGGGACUGUGAAGAGGCCGAGGCCGGUGAUGAUGUUAAGUAUCCACCCUCAUCAGAGUUAAGAGCUGAAUGUGCCAAUCGUCCUUAUGCAGAGUUCUCCAAGUGUGUGGCUAAAGAACCUAAAACAUGCAAAAAUAUGCAUGACUAUAAAGUAGAUUUAGAGGAGUGUGUACCCGGGUGUCAGUGUAUGGAGAAUUAUGUGUAUGAUACCGCUUUAAAGAUGUGUGUGUUGCCAGAGAAAUGCUCAUGUCAUCAUGGUGGCAAGAGCUAUAUGGAUGGUGAAAAAAUUAAAGAAGAUUGCAAUACCUGUGUUUGUCAAGCUGGUAAUUGGAAAUGCUCUUCAAAUGGCUGCGAAUCUACUUGUUCGGUUUGGGGUGAUUCUCAUUUCACCACUUUCGAUAAACAUGACUUUGAUUUCCAAGGUGCAUGUGAUUAUGUUUUGGCCAAGGGUGUUUCCAAUAAUGGCGAUGGUUUUGCCAUCACCAUACAAAAUGUUUUGUGCGGUACCAUGGGUGUUACCUGCUCCAAAUCUGUGGAGAUUUCUCUUACGGGAAGUGUACAAGAUACUUUAACUUUGGCCGGAGAUGCUUCUUAUUUGGAGGAUGUUAAUAAAUCUGUAAUGAAUAAAUUACGCACCACCAUUAACUCCAAAACUCAUGGUGCUUUCCAUGUCUAUCGUGCUGGUGUAUUCAUUGUUAUCGAAGUCUUGCCAUUGCAUUUGCAAAUCAAAUGGGAUGAGGGUACACGUGUCUAUGUUAAACUCGGCAAUGAAUGGAAAAACAAAGUUGGUGGUUUGUGCGGUAAUUACAAUGACAAUGCCAUGGAUGAUAUGCAAACACCUUCUCAGGCUUUGGAAACCAGUCCAUUAAUAUUCGGUCAUUCGUGGCGUGUGCAGAAAUAUUGCGAAGUACCCAAAAAACCUAUUGAUGCAUGCAAAGAACAUCCUCAACGCGAAACGUGGGCACAAUUGAAAUGUGGUGUACUUAAAUCCAAUCUUUUUAAGGAGUGUCAUGCUGAAGUGCCAGUUGAAAUGUAUUUGAAACGUUGUAUAUUCGAUACCUGUGCCUGUGAUCAAGGUGGCGACUGUGAAUGUCUUUGUACAGCGGUGGCAGCCUAUGCACAUGCCUGCUCGCAAAAGGGCAUAAACAUUAGAUGGCGUACACCACACUUUUGUCCCAUGCAAUGUGAUCCCCACUGCUCGGAAUACAAAUCCUGUACACCCGCCUGUGCUGUGGAAACAUGUGAUAAUUUCUUGGAUCAAAGCUUUGGUGAACAUAUGUGUAAGAAUGAAAACUGUAUUGAAGGUUGCCAUAUUAAACCAUGUGAUGAAGGCAUGAUUUAUCUAAAUGACACAUACAAGGAAUGUGUACCCAAAUCGGAAUGUAAACCUAUUUGUAUGAUUAAGGAUGGCGUUACUUACUAUGAGGGUGAAGUAACCUAUCAGGACGAAUGUGCCACCUGUAGAUGUUCGAAGAAGAAGGAGGUAUGCAGUGGUGUUAAAUGUGAAGAAAAGAUUACAACCGAAAAACCCAUCGUAGUGGGUACAACCAUUGAGCCGGGAGAUCAAGAACAACCCAAGUGUACUAAGGGCUGGACUAGAUGGUAUGAUGAAGAUCAUGAUACAUCGGGUAAAAUAAUACGUUUGAAUGAUGAUGAAAGUUUGCCUCGCUAUGACUACCAUGAACGUGUAUUCGGCUCAUGUAAGAAACAAUACAUGAAAAAGAUUCAAUGUCGUGUGGUAGGCACCCAUGAAUCUUCCGACUUUAUGGAUGAAAAUGUUUUCUGUAAUCUGCAAGAUGGUCUCUCGUGCAUUGGCCAGUGUCAUGAUUACGAGCUGAGAGUAUUCUGUGAAUGUGAUGAAGAGCAGGUAACCACACCCAAACCUACCGAAAAACCAGAAAUUGGUAAAGUCUGUGAUAACAUACUGGCUGAAUAUAAGGAAUAUCCAGGAGAUUGUCACAAAUUCUUACACUGUCAACCUAAAAACAAUGACGAAUGGCAUUAUGUGGAGAAGACUUGUGGCGAAAGUAUGAUGUUCAAUCCAAUUAUGAAUAUUUGUGAUCAUAUAUAUACAGUACAAGAAAUCAAACCCAUGUGUAAGGAUAAGGAUGAAAAGGAAAAUGGUAAACUCACAGAGUGUCCAGAGGGUCAAAUAAUGUCAGAUUGUGCUAACCAGUGUGAACACACUUGUCACUUCUAUGCAACGAGCUUAACUUUGCGUGGUUUGUGUGAACCGGGCGAACAUUGUAAGCCGGGUUGUGUGGAUAAGAACCGUCCCGAUUGUCCUGCAAUUGGCAAAUAUUGGCGUAAUGAAAACACUUGUGUAGAAGUGGAUGAAUGUCCCUGCAUGGAUAAGAGUGAAAAAUAUGUUCAGCCACAUAUGCCUUUCGUGGGUGAAUGGGAAAUUUGUCAAUGUAUUGAUAAUGCUUACACCUGUGUACCCACUAAAUUUGAAGAGGUUACCCCGGCACCAGUUACACAUGUUACCGAUGCCGUUCAUAAUAUUACUGCCGUCCCUGUAACUGUAACACCACCCAAACAUUGUGAUCCAAGUCUGAUGAUACCCAUAAUUGAGGGUGAAGAACCAUUGCCUGAUUCCAUUUUCAGUGCCAGUUCUACUUUGGGUCCUAAGUAUUCUCCGCAUAAGGGUAGAUUGACUAAAGAAAAGACCGGUGCUUGGUCUCCUAUGAUCAAUGAUCAAAUGCAACAUUUACAAAUCGAUUUGCCUGAACAGGAGCCAUUAUUUGGUGUCAUCAUGGCUGGAAAUACUGAUUAUGAUAAUUAUGUUACUUUGUUCAAGAUUUUAUACAGUAACGAUGGUGAAUCAUAUCAUUACUUGGUCGAUGAAACCGAUAAGCCUCAACUCUUUAAUGGACCUUUGGAUUCUCGCUCACCAGUGAAAACUCUCUUCAAAAUUCCCAUUGAAGCUAAAUCUCUACGCAUUUAUCCGCUUAAAUGGCACAAUUCCAUAGCCAUGCGUGUAGAACUCUUAGGCUGUGGAACUCCACAAACUACCACCACCACACCGGCUACUAUUACCAAAGCUCCUGUCAAGAUAACCACACCCUCUACCGAACAUCCCAUUAUACUUGAAGACGAACUACAAUGUACUGAUAAGAUGGGUGUAGAAAAUGGACAAAUGACUCCGAACCAAGUAAAGGCCAGUAGUAUUUGGCAAUUGCCCAAACCGGCCAAGAAACCCAAGCUAAUCGAUCUUUUGAAAUUAUCCUCACCUGUGGGCUGGAAACCUGUCGUCAACACACCCAAUGAGUAUAUCGAAUUUGAUUUCUUGGAACCCAGAAAUAUUUCCGGUUUCAUUACUAAGGGAGGUCCUCAUGGUUGGGUUACUGGCUAUCGUGUAUUGUUCUCUAAGAAUAAAUUGAUAUGGAAUAAGGUCUUGAACUUGGAUGGUCAGCCCAGAAUUUUCCCCGCCAAUCAUGAUAAGGACACGGAACAGACUAGCUACUUUAAGACACCCAUAUUGACACAAUACAUCAAGGUAUCGCCCGCCAAAUGGGAGGAAAAUAUUAAUAUGCGUAUAGAACCUUUGGGUUGCUUUGAGAAUUAUCCUGAACAAAAGGAAAAUGUCGUGGAAUUGGAAAAACCUGUGGUUAGCUCUUGCUUGGCUUGUGAUGGUCUUACCGAUGCCCCUGAUGCCAACGGCAAAUGCAAGUGCAAGGAUGGCCUCUUCUGGGAUGGUAAUAACUGUGUACAAAGCAAUUUGUGUCCUUGUGUGGAGAAUUACAUAAGCUAUCCAAUUGGUUCCAAAUUCGAAAACAAAGAUUGCGAGGAAUGUGUUUGUGUUUUGGGUGGUCAUAGCAGCUGCAAACCCAAAAAAUGUCCUCCUUGUGAGGGUAAGGAUCUAAGACCAGUGAUAGCUGCCGGUUGUUAUUGUAAAUGUGAACCUUGUCCUAAGCAUCAAAAACUUUGUCCUUCAAGUGGUGACUGUAUACCCGAGGUAUUGUGGUGUAAUGGCAUUAGAGAUUGUGCCGAUGAUGAAGAUGAUACCUGUCAGGAUAAGUUUGUGGUAACACCACAACCUAUCAUACAAAAGAAUGAGACUGAGGUUAUCACUUGCCCCGUGCCUGAAUGUCCUCCCAAAAUGAAAAUGAAGAUCACCGAAAAGAAACAAAGAAAAAUGUCCAGCAUGUUUACCUCCACUUUCAAUAAACGUGUUACCGUUAGUAAUGAUGGCAAUAAGAUUACCAAAACUAAGGUUAUCUCUUCUUCAGUCGAAUAUCUGGGUAAACCAGAAGAUGCUCAAGGUUUUAUGCAGGAAGACGAAUGUGAAGAAUUCACUUGUGUACCCAUACGAGAGGUGGUGGUUCAAAAGAAUGAAUCUGUGACUUGUACUGAGCCCAAGUGUCCUGCCAAUUAUUUGAUUGAAUUGGAUAUGUCUUCGGCUAAGGCUCAUGAUUGUCCCAAAUAUACUUGUGUUUUGAAACCCAAUAAGGAUGAUGUUUGUGAAAUUAGUGGCAAAACUUUUACCACCUUCGAUGGUACCGAAUACAAGUAUGAUACUUGCUCACAUAUAUUGGCCAGAGACUUGGUGAAUUCUUCAUGGGUGAUAUCAGUUCAUCUACAGUGCACCGAUGAUACCCGUAAAUACUGUCGCAAAACUAUUACCAUCAAAGAUCUAGAGAAACAUGCUGUACUCACUAUUAUGCCCAAUAUGCGUGUCAACUUUAAUGGCUUUGAAUAUUCCGUAAAUCAACUCAUCAACUCCCCCAUCUGUAAAGCCUCCUUUGUACUCUCCCAACCCGGCAACACUGUCUUAGUGGUGUCACCACAACGUGGCUUUUGGGUUCUUUACGAUGACAUUGGCUACAUUAAGAUUGGCAUGUCUUCGAAAUUCAUCAAAACAGUUGAUGGUUUGUGUGGUUAUUAUGAUGGUAAUGCCAGCAAUGAUAAGCGUGCACCAGAUGGCACUAUUAUCUCUAAUACUGUGAAAUUCGGUGACAGCUGGUUUGACAAGAAAACACCUAAGGAAGAAUGUUAUGCUCAAACAUGUCCAUUGGCUUUGCAAAAGAAGGCUUUAGCCUUAUGCAAUACCAUUAAACAUCCAACAUUCCUUAAAUGUGGCAAAUCGGUCAAUUAUAAACAAUUCGUUAGCAAAUGCAUGGAAACCACUUGUGAAUGCCUAAAGGCCAAUAGUGGUGAUGCAAAUACAUGCAAAUGUAACAUUUUGCAAGAUUUUGUUAAAAAAUGCUUAACUGUUAAUCCCAUGGUACAAUUGUCUACUUGGAGAGCUGUACAUCAAUGUGAAAUUUCCUGUCCUGCUCCUUUGGUUCAUUCGGAUUGUUAUAAGAGACGUUGUGAACCUUCUUGUGAUUCGCUUAACAGUGAUGAUUGUCCUGUUAUUGAAGAUGCUUGCUUUUCGGGUUGUUAUUGUCCUGAGGGCACUGUACGAAAGGGUGAGAAAUGUGUUCCGAUUGCUGAGUGUAAGGAUUGUGUGUGCAAUACUAUUGGUUCUACGAACUAUUUCACUUAUGAUCGUAAUAAGUUUACUUUCAACGGCAACUGUACGUACUUGUUAUCCCGCGAUAUUGUUUUGCCCGGAGUUCAUACUUUCCAGGUUUACGUCAGCAUGGAUGAUUGUCACAAAUUGGGAAAACUUUCCGCUCCUGAACACUCAAGCUGUGCCAAAUCUUUACACGUACUCAACGGUGAUCAUGUCAUACAUAUUCAGCGCAUGGAAAAUAAUCCCAAAGCACUACAAACCUUUGUCGAUGGUUUUGAGGUAAAGAAAAUGCCCUAUAAGGAUACCUGGAUUAAUCUAAAGGAAAUACCCGGCAAAGAAUUAGUACUUCAACUACCAGAAUCUCAUGUUGAACUCAAGGCAGCAUUUGAUGAUUUACUUUUCUCGAUUGGUGUACCUAGCGUUAAAUAUGGCAGUAAAAUGGAAGGCUUGUGUGGUGAUUGUGAUGGUAAUCCCAAUAAUGAUUUGCAGGAGAAUCCCGCCAAGAAGAAAGGCAAGAAACCUAGCAAGGAUUUGGUAGAUAUUAUCAAUUCUUGGCAGGCUGAUGAACCUAAAUUGGGCUUAGAUCCUAAUGAGUGUUUGAGUGAAAUUGAUGUUGAGGAAGAUUGUUUGCCUCUGCCUCCUGAGAAGGAUCCUUGCAUGAUCUUGUUUAACGAUGAAAUCUUUGGUAGAUGUAAUAUGAUUGUGGAUCCUUUGCCUUUUAUAUCCUCGUGUCAGCAGGAUAUGUGCAAACCGGGCAAUACCCAAAAAGGUUCCUGCGAUACCUUGUCCGCCUAUGCCAAGGAGUGUGCUGCUCAGGGUAUCUGCUUGAAUUGGCGCUCACCUGACUUGUGUCCUUAUGACUGUCCUAGCGAUAUGAUAUAUGAAUCUUGCGGCUGUGCCAAAUCCUGUGAAACUUUAGAACAUCUUAAUGAAUUCCAAGCGGUCAAUAUGAAGACAAAUACUUUUGUUAAUACAUUAACCACUGAUGAACUUUGUCCACAAUCCGAACGUUUUGAAGGCUGUUUCUGUCCUCCCGGCAAGGUAAUGGAGAAGGGUAAAUGUAUUAGCGAGGAAUUGUGCGUAAAAUGUGAAGAUCCUGAACAUAUGCCUGGCGAGAGAUGGCAAAAGGAUAAAUGUACUGAAUGUUUGUGUGACAAGAAUGGUAAAACUCAAUGUGUGGAACGUAAGUGUUUGGUAGAGGAAAAUAUCUGUUCAGAGGGUUACACACCUCAAAAGAAGGUGUCGGAAGAUAUGUGUUGUCCUAGAUAUGUUUGUGUGCCAGAACCCAAAUUGCCACCGGCCAAGAUAUGUUUAGAGCCUAUAAUGCCUAUAUGCGGUCCUGGACAAUUUAAGAAACAAAAGACAGGAGCAGAUGGUUGUCCUCAAUACAUAUGUGAAUGCAAGCCUAAGGAAGAAUGUGAGGAGCUGGUGGCACCACCUUUGAAACCGGGCGAGAAGAUAGUGAAAAUCGAAGAAGGUUGUUGUCCCACCCAGAAAGUGGUAUGCGACAAAACCACUUGCCCAGCCAAACCCGAGUCCUGUGUCGAGGAAUUCUAUGAGGUGUAUGAGAAACAAGAACCCACCGAUUGCUGCCCCACCUACUAUUGUGGACCUCCUAAGGAUGUUUGUAUUGUGGAGUAUGUACCCAACAAGAAAUUCACAAAGAAAUUGUCAGAAAAAUGGAUACAUCCCACUGAUCCUUGCAAGCAUGAACAGUGUACAUAUGGACCCAAUGACUCUUUGUUAGUUUCCACACAACAGGAGACUUGUGAUAAUAAAUGUGCUCCUGGUUUUGAAUACAUGAUCCGAGAUGUCAGCAAAUGUUGUGGUGAAUGUGUACAGACCCAAUGUGUCUUUGAGGGUGAACUAUUUGAACCCUUCCAGGAAUGGAAAUCAAAUGAUAAUUGUACCUCUUACACUUGUAUUAAAAAGAAUGACAUUUUGCUAGUAAGUUCUAUGACCGAAUCUUGUGUUGAUGUAAGUAAAUGUCCAGAACAUUUGUUGAUUCAAGAAGAAGGUAGCUGCUGCAAGUAUUGCAAGGAAGAACCCAUAAAGGAAGAUUUCUCUACCUGUUUGCCUGUUUCAUUGGCUGAAUCUGAAACUGAACACAUGGUCAAGGUAUUGAAUCCUUUGCAUGGUUACUGUGUUAACAAGAAACCCAUACAAGGUUUCACUGAAUGUAGUGGUGCCUGUAAUUCAGGCUCUAAAUAUAACAAACUCACCUUGGCCCAGGACAAAAUCUGUCACUGUUGUAACAUUAAAACCUACAAACAACUCAAUGUUCAACUUGUUUGCGAAGAUGGCUAUAAAAUUAAUCAAGAAUUGGAAAUUCCAGCUUCUUGUGGUUGUCAACCUUGUGAGGAUUCCGUUGAAUAUUUAAGUAAAAUCGGUCAAUAUGCUAUGCCUAUGGCUGAGUUUAUACGACGUUGAGAUUAUCGAUGAGGCCUUUAUGUAAAAUGACUCGGGCUUUGCUGUGUUAACAAUAGUUUAGUUUGUAAAAUUUUAUUUUUAAUUCCGCUUACAAUGUUGUCUUUAAGAGGUAAAAAAGUAAUGGAAAGUUUUUAGUUUUUAAGUUUUAACGAUCGAAAUAAUAAAGAGCAAAUUUUUCAAAAAUGAAAAA